AUGACCGGACAUGGUUGCUUCGGUCAUUACCUGCAUCGGAUUAGAAAAGAGGCUACUGAGGUCUGCCAUGAGUGUGGGGAGCCGGAUGAUACGGCCCAACAUACUCUGGCAGAGUGCUCGAAGUGGUCGGAUGAGCGGGCCACCCUCAUGACCGCCUUUGAAAUAGGGAACCUCUCGCUGCAAAGUGUAGUAGCUGCGAUGCUGUGCUGCGAGAGGAAAUGGGAAGCAGUGGUUUCCUUCUGCGAGUACGUCAUCUCGCAGAAGGAAGCCGCUGAGAGGGCGCGGCAGAAGGCGUGCACUUAA